CUUCUAGGGUUUAAGACUUGGAAGCACCGGAAAAUAUUCAAAACGGAGAAACCUCACCUACAGUUACCUUAAACCCUAAUUCUUCACUGGAAAUGGAACUGCAAUCAGUUUGUCGUGGGUUUACCGCUCCCAAAUUCAGAUUAACACCCAAUCGUCUGUUAUAUAAUCAAAUUGUUCAUUCAAAGCUUGGAAGCGCCUCAAAAUCAUUUCUGAUUGCUGGCUUCGAUAAUGUGUUUAAGGGGAUUCCAUCGUCAAGCUUCAGCAGAGGACUUAUCAUACGAGCUUCUAGUUCCAAUUCUAGCGGAAACAGAAAUUUGAAGCUUUUGGGUCGAGAAGAUGCUGCUGUACCUGCUGAUAGUUUUUAUUAUUUGGAACCAUUUAGAGGUAAAUCAGGUUCUGCUUCCUUUUGUGGGUUGACUCACCAAUCAGUGGAGGAAGGAAAAUUGGUGUCAACUCCUUUCGCUGAAGAAAAAGGAUCACUUCUUUGGGUUUUGGGGCCAGUGGCGUUGAUAUCUUCACUGAUUGUGCCCCAGUUCUUCCUUGCAAAUUCAAUUGAGGCUUUCAUCAAGAAUGAGGUUCUUGUAGAAAUUGUGGCCUCAUUUUCUUUUGAAGCUAUGUUUUAUGUUGGUCUUGCAAUGUUCCUGUUUGUAACUGAUCGAAUUCAGAGGCCAUAUCUGCAAUUUAGCCCAAAGAAAUGGGGUCUUAUUACUGGCCUUAAAGGAUACUUGACAUCAGCCUUCUUUGCCAUGGGCCUGAAGGUCAUCAUCCCUCUUUCGGUUGUGUAUGUAAGCUGGCCAGUGCUUGGCCUGCCUGCUUUGGUUUCUGUAUUUCCCUUCCUAGUCGGCUGCAUUGCUCAACGUGCUUUUGAGAUUAGUCUGGACAAAAUGAGGUCAUCUUGCUGGCCUUUAGUCCCUAUUAUAUUUGAGGUUUAUAGAAUAUAUCAAUUAACCAAAGCUACUCAUUUUAUUGAGAAAUUGAUGCUAUCGAUGAGGGGGCUUCCUGAGUCUGCACAGUUGUUGGAAAGAAACAACGCCUUAAUUGUUAUGAUAGUGACCUUCCAAAUUCUGGGUGUGAUUUGCCUCUGGUCAUUGUUAACCUUUCUUUUAAGGCUCUUUCCUUCUAGACCUGUAGCAGAGAACUAUUGAUGUCUGCAAUGGCUAUUGUAUAUUCUGUUUCCAUGGGUUUCGUGCUUAUUUAAUAUCUGCACAGCACGAGAUAACUAGAAGGUUGAUGGACACAAGUUUAAUGAUUGUCAUCCGUUAUCAUUUCUAUUAAAUCUUGGUUACCAAA